AUGAAUAGUGUGUUGACAUCACGAGUUGUGAUCAUAACAGUUGGUUCACCAAGUGUGUGCUGGCACGAGCAGGCGCUGAUAGCGGAGCGGGUACAGAACGAGGAGACAAUGGAUCUGUUCCGACAUACCACACAGCUCGGUUACCAUCCAGAGUCCAGCCUGGGCUACGGCCAGUGGGUGUGUCAGACACUGCGACAGGCCACCAAUGAUCCCCACUACAUCUACAGCAUUGAGCGUAUGCAUGCCGUUCCAGUUGCAAUUGAUGCGCUCACCUGGUCUACAGAUGACAGAGAGGAUGACGCUUGUGGGCUGAACAUGCUGGGCUGUCUGCUGGAGCGUUGUGGUCGCUACCGCAGCAGUGUAGAGGUUCUCAGUAGAGCUGUUGACCAGGCUCCGCCCACACAUCGAGACAAGGUUUUGGCCAACUUUGGACGGGUGCUGCUCAAGGCUGAAAAGGUGGAGGAUGCUGUGCAAGUGUACCGGGCCAUCUCCAAAGCUGAUAUUCAUUCCCAGUGUGGCCUUGCACUCGCUUUGUACAGAGAUAAGCAGUAUCAGGAGGCUUUUGAAGCAUAUGAAGCUGCCCUGAAUUGGUGGGCACAGGACGAUGCAGUAAAGUCCCAUCUCCAUGUAGCAAUGGCUGCCGUCGCUUACAAACUGGCCGGUGUUGCCGACCUUGCUAAGACUUUACUUCUUAAAGGAAACCAGCUGAAACCGACGUCUGUGUAUGGAUUGUUUGCUGCCUGUUCACUGGGCAUGUUGAACAGUGACCUAGAGCUCUCCAAGAUGGUGCUCCGUGAUUUACUCAAGUACCAAAAUGAGGCUGAAUACAUACCACACAUUGCUCUCUUCCAGGCAUAUACAAAGUUUCUUCAGUGUGAUUUUCAAGGGUCAGUGUGGAGCAUGAGUAAGACAGUACAUGUCCAUCCAUCUCUGCCUGCGUUAUGGCUGCACCAGGCAUUACUGAUACUGAACAAGCACAGUGUUGGUGAAUCAGCAGGGGUGGUGGGUGUUGGCAAGGUGGGAGUAGCCGCUCACUCGGCUCGCACUGCCAUGACUCUUGGGCGCACCAAGAUGGAUGUCUCCAAGGUACUGGCUGUUGUGAGCCUCAGUCAGCUGAUGAGUGGUGAUGCCAACCGUGCUCUUUCAGCAAGUCAGCACGCCGUCCACUUGUACCCUGCUGUGGGUGAGUCCUGGGCAGUCCUGGCCACAUCCUGCCAUGCUGCCAGUGUUACCGAUGUCACACCUGCUCACCUGCGCUCGUUUAUUUCCCACGCACGCCAGAACAUCGAGCUUGAACGUCCACUUGCUAAGUGGAUGAGUAACUUUGAGCGUAAGAUUUCGUUACUCGCUGCAUAAACAUUGUCAAAAUCAAGUAAAUCUUUCAA